GUGCGACUGGUGUGUCUAGCAUUGGCGGAAUAAAAAUUAAUAGCAUAAGAUUAAAGUCGAGGAAACGCGCACUCAAACGACGAAAAUGCCCAAGAAAUCGCCUGCGAUUGGAAUAGAUUUGGGAACGACAUUUUCAUGUGUUGGAGUUUUUCAGCACGGUAAAGUGGAGAUAAUUGCAAAUGAUCAAGGCAAUCGAACGACUCCCAGUUACGUUGCAUUCACAGACACGGAAAGAUUGAUAGGUGAUGCAGCAAAAAAUCAAGUGGCUUUGAAUGCCAGCAAUACUAUAUUUGACGCUAAACGACUAAUUGGUCGCAAGUUUACAGAUGAAAGUGUCCAAUCCGAUAUGAAACACUGGCCAUUUAAAGUUGUAAAUGAUGGCGGGAAACCCAAGUUGGAGGUGGAAUAUAAAGGGGAAAGAAAGAAAUUUACGCCAGAGGAGAUAAGCUCCAUGGUACUCACCAAGAUGAAGGAGACGGCGGAAGCUUUUCUGGGACAACCUGUUAGAGAAGCUGUUGUCACAGUUCCAGCUUACUUCAAUAAUUCCCAGAGAGAAGCUACCAAAGACGCUGGUGUAAUUGCAGGUUUGAAAGUUUUGCGAAUCAUUAAUGAGCCUACUGCAGCAGCGCUUGCAUAUGGACUGGACAAAAACAUUAGUGGUGAGAAAAAUGUGUUGAUCUUUGAUCUUGGUGGAGGAACUUUUGAUGUUUCGAUUCUACGGAUAGAUGAGGGAUCAAUAUUUGAGGUCUUGUCCACUGCUGGUGAUACGCAUUUAGGCGGAGAGGAUUUUGAUCACAGAAUGGUGGAUCAUUUUGUUCAAGAAUUUAAGCGCAAGUACAAUAAAGAUAUUUCGAAAAAUCAGAGAGCUCUCAGGCGUCUAAGAUCUGCAUGUGAGCGCGCUAAGAGAACACUCUCAAAUAGUUCUGAGGCAAACAUUGAAGUGGAUUCAUUAUAUGAGGGGACUGAUUUUUACAGUAAAAUUUCUCGUGCUCGCUUUGAGGAGUUGUGUGCCGAUUUGUUCCGAAGUACUCUAGAACCUGUAGAAAAAGCGUUAAGAGAUGCAAAGCUAGACAAAUCCAAAGUCCAUGAAGUUGUCCUGGUUGGCGGAUCAACUCGGAUCCCAAAAAUCCAAAAGCUACUACAAGAUUUCAUGGGUGGAAAAGAACUCAAUAAAUCAAUCAAUCCUGAUGAAGCUGUUGCAUAUGGGGCAGCUGUACAAGCAGCCAUUUUGACUGGUGAUGAGCAUGAAACAAUCAAGGAUGUUCUUCUGGUUGAUGUUACACCGCUGUCUCUUGGUAUUGAAACAGCAGGAGGAGUGAUGACUAAAUUGAUAGAACGAAAUACAAAAAUCCCAACUAAAGCAUCACAGAUUUUUACUACAUAUGCAGACAACCAGCCAGGAGUCUCCAUUCAAGUAUUUGAAGGGGAGCGUGCUAUGACCAAAGACAACAAUAAACUAGGAACAUUUGAAUUGAACGGAAUACCACCUGCACCCCGAGGAGUUCCUCAGAUAGAAGUUGAAUUUAACAUUGAUGCUAAUGGUAUCAUGAAUGUAUCUGCUAUGGACAAAAGUACAGGAAAAUCCAACAAAAUAACCAUUACCAAUGACAAAGGCCGUCUGAGUAAGGCUGAUAUAGACAGAAUGGUGAAUGAAGCAGAGAAAUUCAAAGAGGAAGAUGAAAAACAGCGACAGAAAAUAACCAGUCGAAAUCAGCUGGAAUCCUACAUCUUCAGUGUGAAACAGGCCACUGAGAAUGCAGGCGAGAAACUGCAACCAGGUGACAAAGAAACCAUAUCGAAAACCUGCAGUGAAGCCUUGUCGUGGCUGGAUAGCAAUUCACUUGCUGAUCAAGAAGAAUUUGAAUUCAAACUGAAAGAAGUGCAGAAGAUCUGUUCUCCUAUUAUGGCCAAACUUCAUCAAAGUGCUUCCGGAGGUCAAAAUACUAGUGCCUCUAAUGGUCAAGGACCUACAGUGGAGGAAAUGGAUUAGGAAUUUAUUGUAAGACCAGACAAUAAGUUUACAGUGAGUGAUUGAGUGUUAACUGCUUUAAAAACUGAACACAUAUUUUAUACAUUUUCUUCAGUCCAUUGAUGUUUUUAUGAUGUAUAUAUAUAAAUGCAUUAAAUGAAGCAUUAUAUUUUGAAAUUUUCUGAAGUCUGCAUCAAUACUUAAUUGUGCUAUAUGUGUAGUUCUAUGUUCAUGUUAUUAUUAAAUGUACUGAAAAAGUA